UCGACCGGUUCAUGGGCGUGGCCGCUCCGACGAGCGCGUAGGCCAAGAUGCCAAACCACGGCUGCUAUAUAAACACGCAAGGCGCGGCGCAUGCCCAUUGGCCAUUACAACCAAGCGUCGAGGCAUUCGCCAAUCUCCAUCACCAGGCACCACCCGACGCUCUCCCGCCGCCUCACCGUGCCGGCGUCAGGUAUGGCCUCCUCGCCGGCGCUACCGCUGGUGCUCCUGGCCCUGCUGCUGGCUCCCACCGGCCUCGCCGCGUCCGGCUCCGGCGGCGGCGGCGGAGGAGAGAAGCGCACGCGCAUCCGGGUGUACGUGCACGAGCGGUUCACCGGCCGCAACGCGACGGUGGGGUCCGUGGCGCCGUCCCUGCGCGGCGGCAACUCGACGUUCGGCGAGGUGGGCGUGGUCGACGACGUGCUGCGCGCCGGGCCCCGCGCGUCCUCCCAGGAGGUGGGGCGGUACCAGGGCCUGUUCGCCGGCGCGGACCUCGCGGACGACAGCGGCGGCGGCGGCGGCUACUUCUCGGCCAUCACGCUCGUGUUCGCCGCCGGCGAGCACCGCGGCAGCACGCUGUCCCUGCAGGGCCGGUACAGCUUCCCCGCCGACGGCGCCCUCGAGCGCGCCGUCGUGGGCGGCACCGGCGGCUUCAGGAUGGCGCGCGGGUUCUCGCUGCUCCAGGUCGCCAGCGCCCCGCCGGAGGCCGCCGUCUUCCAGCUUGACCUCGUCGUCUUCACGCCCCGCGGCCACCGAUACUAGCUUAUCUAAUAACACUGAGAGCACUGUGCAGAGCGUGCUACGUUUUGAUCUCUAUCGAUCACACAAUUUGCUGUUCGUGUGCGUUCCCUCGUCGCGACAUGAUAUGCAUGGUGUCCAGAUUUUACAAAUAAUUGAGAUUAUUAGGUGAGGUUCUUUGGCAUGAAUGCGAGUAUAUAGAUCCAUCACUAGUGACGGUGAGAAUGUGCCAUGAGUUGAGUAUGAAGUGUAAGUAACCUGAUCACUUGAAAACUUCCUACACUGUUCCUCGCUGACAAUAAAGCUUUCUCGUACUCGCUCUGAAACCAAUGUCAAC